AUUGUAUGUUUAGUUUUGUAGAGAAACAAUUUAUUCGUAUCCCCAAAAUACCCACAACAUACUGUAUCAUUGCAGUGUAUAAUAAUGUACUAUUAAGUCAUUUAUACUGAAUUAAGAAAAUUGCAUUCCCUUCGCUUGAUAGUUUACUUAUGAUUACCUCUGCAGUAGUAAUAAUUAUGAACACAACAAGAUAAUUUUAAUUAUUUUCACAGCAUUCACAGUAACCGAUGAUCACUAUCCCCCUAUUACGAGCCCCUCCUUCAGUUGUCUUGGUAGAAAGCUUCACUAAUGUCCAAUAUUUAUGCAUAUUUUUUCUACAACUAUUCUGUACCUUUAUAACUACAAUUUUCAUUAUUUUUACAGAUUUCACAGUCACCUAUCAUCGCCGCUCCCCUACGACCCUCUCUUUUAGUUGUCUUGCCACAAUUUCGGAUUUAACCGUCACCGAUAAUUUUCGCCACUCUACGAGCAUCCCUUUAACUUGUCCUGUCACAGUUUUUGAUUUCACAGUCAGAGAUAAUUUUCGCCACUCUACUAGCAUCCCUUUAAUUUGUCCUAACACAGUUUUUGUCACCAACGAUGACGUUCCUUCUUCAGUUUUGACUUCGAUCCAUCCUUCUGCAUGACGCUUCUGCAAAAAUUACUUACCACAGCAUUUCGUAUGUACCAUGUAAAGAUUUUUAUUAUUAAUUCUUUAUUUUUAGGUGUACCAUUCCUAGCAAAACCUAUUAUACGGGAGAGGGAUUUUAGUUGGUAGGUCCUCCUGUGAGGGAAUCCAACACUACCCAGUCGUACGGACGGCUGGGU